UGAUUUGGCGCUAGGGCUAUGAGUAGUUCUUCUGAUAGGCGAAAACACCGAUCCUCUAAGAGACAACUUCCAUGUCUUCCUGCUUUAAUGCAGGCUUCAUCGUCCUCGUCGUUACCUUUGUCGCUGGUUACACAGUCAGAAGUCUCGGAGUCUACUUGUCAUGAGUCUUCCAGUUUCCAUUCUUAUCGUAAGUCAUCUUCCAUACGACACAAUGAAGGAGAAGACUCUACUGUGACUGUGGCGGUGAGAGUGAGACCGUUCGGCGAGAGGGAGUUACAGUUAUCUGCAAUUUGCUGUGUUCGGAUGGAUGGGCCAAGGACAAUUAUAACAUCAUCUAGCAACCAAGAACACAUUUUUUUAUAUGACUACUCUUUCUGGUCAUUUAAUGAUGAAGGUGUACACUUCAUUGAUCAGCAACAUUUGUAUGAAGAGCUUGGUUUACCACUUUUGGAUCGGUCAUUUGAGGGCUACAACACUUGCCUCUUUGCAUACGGACAGACUGGAUCUGGAAAAUCAUACAGUAUCAUGGGUGAGGGGGAGGCUGUAGGGAUCAUUCCUCGAUUUAGCAAGGACUUGUUUGAACGUAUCAAGCUUCUUACAGAAAUGGAGACUGUUUACAAAGUUACUGUCAGCUUUUAUGAAAUUUACAAUGAAAAGAUUCAUGAUCUUCUGAGUGCUGUCAAGAAAAAGAAGACAUCACGUUUCUCCAAAAUGGCGAGCCACAGCACCACCGUAUUUUGCUCAUGCAUGCUGAAUCGGUGGAGCUUGACAGUGAGGUUGUUGUCAUCUUCCGGAAGAAUUCUGGGACGACACGAUUUCCUGAUCAUCAAACUUGCCUCCACUCGCACGUAA